AUGGCCAUUGAUGUUGGAGUGGGAGCAGGAGAGGUAAGUAGGAGGGGUUCAGUUGGGAAAUGGUGGAUAGGGAAGCAAAGGCAAAAGUACGGAUGUAAAUGCUAUCCUGGCCGUCCAUGCUGGCCCUCUGCCAAUAAGUGGAACAGCCUGAACAGGACAGUCGAUGGCACUCUUCAUGUCAAUGUCCCUGCCGGCGCUGUCUGCCACAACACCUUUAACGGACCCUUUGGCACCAUCCAGACCUACGAUGAGGCGGCAUGCGCUGAUGCCAAGGAGAACUUUGUCAACGAGCAGUGGACGGUCGAAAAACCGGCCGAUGGCCUUUGGACCUACUUCACCAACGACACCUGCCGUCCCACCUCGAACCCUUCCGACCCUUGCACCCUUGGAAGCUACGGCGUCUACGUGAUCAUGGCAACCAAAGCCUCUCACAUCCAAGCCGGAGUCAACUUUGCGCGCCAAAACAACCUCCGCUUGAUCGUCCGCAACACGGGGCACGACUUCCUCGGCCGCUCCGUCGGCUACGGCUCCCUGAUCAUCAACACGCACAGCUUCCAAUCCCUCAAAUGGACCGACAAGUACACCGGUCCCGGCUCCUACCGCGGUCCGGCCGUGACCAUGGGCGCCGGUGUGCAAGGUGGCGACAUUCUCAAGUCAGGCCACGCUUUGAACCCGCCCAUGGCCCUCGUAACAGGAGAAUGCGCCACCGUUGGUCUUUCCGGCGGGUUCAUCCAAGGCGGCGGCCACGGCCCCUGGACGACUCUCAAGGGACUGGCCGUCGACAAUGUGCUCAACUUGAAAGUCAUCACCGCCUCGGGUCUGAUCGUCAACGCUAACGAACGGCAAAACCCCGACCUCUUCUUCGCGUUGAGGGGCGGCGGCCCGGCAUCGUAUGGUGUCAUCCUCUCCACCACCGUCAAGACUUUCCCUGACUUGCCAGCCGCGGGCGCCACGUUGUACCUUAAUGCCACGCACACGUCCGAUAGCGAGGUCAUCUGGGCAGGAACCAAGAUCUUUCACAAGUACGCCAACCACUUUGUUGAUAACGGGUUGUAUGUCUACUUUGAGAUCUUCCCUAACCAGUUCCGCGUCCGCCCAUUCGUGGCUAUUGGUAAGAACCAGAUUGAGCUCCAGGACAUUGUUAGGCCCAUGCUUGAUGAGUUCGCUGCUGCCCGUAUCCCGUACGAGGCUGCAUUCACGGAGUUCCCCACAUUUUAUGAUCUCUAUAUCGACCUGUUUGAGGCUGAAAAAGCUGGCCAGACGGCGUUGACGGGCGGGUGGAUGUUCAACCACGAUGAUGUUGCCAAGCGCAAUGACGAGAUCAUCACCGCUAUGAAGAACGUGGUCAGCCCGGCUGGCAGACCGGAUUUGUUUGGCGGCAUGGUUGGUCAUCUGUUCAACCCAGGCCAUAACGUUCCCGUUUCGACGUCGGCGGCUCAUGCGGCGUGGAGGAACGCGACGGACUUUGUGAUUGCUGUUUUGCCGAGCCCGGAGCAUCCCAGCUUGGCGGUCAAGAAGGAUUUGCAAAAUGUUUUGACGAAUAAUAUGGAUGAAGGGUUCAGAAAUGCGUCGAGAAGUGGGGCUACUUAUGUUAAUGAAGCCGACCCCUUUCAGCCGAACUGGCAGAGCCACUUCUGGGGUUCUAACUACCCUAGGCUCAAGCAGCUUCGCAAGAAGUGGGAUCCUUUGGGUGUCUUUUAUGCUGUAUCUACUCCCGGCACGGAAGACUGGGAGGAGAUUGAGUUCAACACCAGGCUUUGUAAGAAGCUUUGA